AUGAUUCCUCAUCGAAGUACAGCUCUGCUCACAAUCAUUGUCUUCGUCGCCCUUUUACUGGUGAUCUUCUCCUCUUCGCCCAAUCCCAAUCCCAACCCAAAUUCGGAGGAACAACAACAAGAACAAGAGGUUUCCGGUCCGUCCAAAUAUAUCCCGAAGCUCCCUUCCCUGUCUCUGGGCGACCUCCAUUUGCCUUCGUUUCGCCCGACCGCGCACACUCCUCCUCCAGAGCAGAAGAAUAGUACCAGCGGCGAGUCCAAGUGGUAUAGCGAUUUGUCAUGGCUCAACCCAUUCUCCUCGUCCAUCACGUUGGAUGAGAAUCGAUCUGUUCUGCCACCCCUUCGCGACCGCCCGUUUAUCUACACCUACUACGAUUCUAAGAAUAAAAAUGAUGACGAUGAGGAGAAUUCGGAUGGACAGCUGCUGCUUGCAUGGCGCAGGGCAUGGUUUGCCCAAGGAUUCCGGCCUGUCGUGCUAGGUCGCGGAGAGGCGAUGAACAAUCCGCUUUACGAAAGUGUGCAGAGGUUGAAACUUACUCGUGAGCUCGAAGAUGAUCUGUUCAGAUGGCUUGCUUGGGGUCACAUGGGCACGGGCUUGCUUGCAGAUUGGCGCUGCUUCCCAAUGGCCAGAUACGAUGAUGAGAUGCUGUCCGCCUUGCGCCGAGGCACUAUUCCCACUCACAUCACGCGAUUUGACCACCUUGGGAGUGGUCUUUUUGCUGGCGAGAAAGCACGGAUCAAAGACGCACUUGAUGAGGCGAUUAAGAAGAUAGAGGAAAAGUCAAUGUCCAUGCUGGACCUGAUUCCUGCAGACCUCUUCAGAGUGGAACAAACAAAUGCUUUGGCUUUCUACAGCUCCGCCGCCGUCACGACUCACUAUCCGACCCUCGCAGAAAAGUCUGUGUCAUCGCCUACGACGGGUCGAUCCUCACUUGUCCAACUCAUUAACUCGCACCUGCAUACCACUUUCCAGAACUCUUUCCCAGCGGGAAUUGCUGUUUUGAAGCCUUACCCCGAACACACCACGGCUCUCGUUGAACCAGCCCUGCGACUUGCCAAAGCUUUGGCCCAGUGUUCCGAGUCGCCUAUUCCAACGUCCUGUCCCCCUAACUUGCCUAAAUGCCAUCCCUGCAGUGCAGAUAAGCCAGCCAGCAUUAGCCAGCCAUCGACUUACCGGAACACAACCCAUGUUUUCACGAUUGGCACUCUUCCACACCCUUACACUCUGAUUAGCCUGCAGCAUAGCACUGAUGCUGUCACUACUCGGCUUAUCCGGCGCGAAACCGAGCGCGAUGCGUGGUUGCAAGAAGUAACCAAGGAACAUUUGGGAGAAUUCCUUCCCGGGUCUUCAAGAGCUGUUGUUUUCAAAAAAGCCGUGGCUGAUGAUCCAGCAGUUGGCAGCUCUUUGUGGAUGACCGUGGAGGCCCUUCCGCCUGACGCUGGCCAGGCGCUUCCAUCGGAACUCCUGGACGAAUUUGAAUGGCAAUUGGGAUUCAAGAUUCCUCGUGAAGGCAAUGUGGAUGCCAAGAAUGAGGGUAAAGCGAAGGAAACCAUGCAAAAUGCCAACCCAAGUGAACAAGGCAUCGAGAAAGAGUUUGACCUUCUCUCAAAAUCAAGAGCAAUCCUUCAAAGCAAAGAUACCAACCGAAUCGGCAUCAAGGAUGUUGCCGAAGCCUGGAAUUUGGCUGAUACUGAGACUUGGCGAUUUGUGAGAGCGUAUCGGGCUCGAAGUGUCGUUGAGCGCAAGAGAUGGGAAGAAGAAGAGAAGCACUUCUUUGGUGCCAGAUCCAAAGAGUAA